AUGGAGCCUCCUGAUCCGUUGAAAGCGCUAGCGGUGCAGCCAGCUUGCGACAACUGCAGGAGGAGAAAGACACGAUGUGACCGUGAAACUCCCUGUGCUCCGUGCAAGGCUGCAAAUCUCUCUUGCCAGACCGAAUCGGCACGUUCGAAGAUCCACACUCGCCGUAUCCAAGUUUCCAAGAAAUAUGAAGACAAAAUMGACAGCAUCGAUUCCAGCGUGCUGAGUAUUCAUCAACGACUGGCCAAUAUCGAGCAUUUACUCCGACAAUCCAAUGUUGCUGCUCCAUCAUCAUCAUCAUCAUCAUCGCAAACACCCAUUUCUCCAACCACAACACGCACCGUCAAGACUCCCAUUGACAAUGCUGUUGUUGCCGUCAAUCUCUCCGUGUCAGAGGAUAAUUCCAGCUCUGAUAAGCCCGCUCCAGGAUACAACGACGCCAAUGUGGAACUCACGGCAGCCACCUACUUUCUCGAGCAAGCUAUUGGUCGGGAUCCUGUCCUCACAAGCGAUCAGGAGCUUCGUUUGGCAUUGAAUGCAUUACGUGCCGUCAUUGACCACAGUGUUGCCGGCGAUGAUGCUGACGCUGGUAGCAAAAGUGGCACCGAGCAUACUCCUCCGAAUGUCGUCCUUCCCGGAUGGGAGCAAGUACGAGACAUUUUACAGAAAGCAGAAGGCAUGAAACCUAUGUUAUUCAACUUGUACUCGGAUGUAAUGUUUGACAAUUUCCGUCACAAAUGCCGACAAAUCUAUGAAUUUGGCCAAGAAGGCUCACCAAGCGACGAGCUGCUCGUCUACUCGGGCUUGUCGAAUAUCUGUGCUGAGUUUACUGAUAACACCAGUGAUACGCUUGCUUCUUACAAUCACAGUCUCUACCACUCCUUUUCCUGGUUGUUAUUAAAGACUUUGGCAGACUUUCCAUUGAUCGUCCCGGCGUCUAUAGAGACGUUGGAGGCUCUGUUACUUGCUUCAAUGACAAUGAUCUCCUUGUGCAAGCCAUCUUUGGCGUGGUCCUUGAUCCACAAAGCCGCACAAAUGUCCCAAAAGUUAGGGUUGAACCGUCUCAAUCCAGUCACAUGCAGUUUCGACCCUCAAUACGAUCGCAAGGUCCUCCUCUUCUGGGCCAUAUACGCCAUCGACCGCAACAUAUCCUUCCGUCUGGGUCAAACACCCACAAUUCAAGACUUCGACAUCAGCACAUCCCUAAUCCUCAACAACGACUCUCGACACCCCUCAGUCCGAGAAUUGAUGAAUUUCUGGAUAGACUGCGGCCGAGUGCAAGGGAAAAUUUGCACGCAGCUUUACACUCCCGCGGCAUUCUCCAUGACAGAUGAAGAGCGAGCUCAAACAGCACAGAGUCUCGCGGAUGAAGUAACACAGACAUAUCAACGCAAACAUAAAUCCAAUGCGGCGAUGAUGUCGGCAGCUUUGGGAGGCAAGAAUCAACGGACUUUUCAUACGGAUGCGUGGAUGCAUAGUGAUGGGAUAGAUUUCUACAGUACAUUAUCAACAGCUUUAUACGCCCUCCCCCCCUCCCUCCCCUCAGGCCACGCAAAAGCCCUAAACGCAGCCCGUAAAUCCCUCCAACUAAGUCGCGAUCUCAGCAAUCGUUACUUUCACAAUGUCUACAAUUGGACGACUUGUUGUCAUUGGGUAUUACUCAAAGGACCUCUUAUCAGCUGCUUCACCGCCGUGCUCUCCAAUGCUAUUAUUGGAGAUGGUGUCUCUUCUUCUUCUUCCUCAUCUCAAGAAGAUAUUCAAUUAUUGGAAGACUUUGUCAUUUCUCUUGAAGCUGCGAGGAGAUUUUCGGGGGCUAUUGAGAAAUUCUAUCGGAUUUGUGGGGGUUUUGUUGGAGUUGCUAGGGCGUGGGUGAGGGCGAAAACAAAACAUCAUCGGACUACGGAAGAUAAUGGAGAUUUCUCCUCCGAUUUGCAGCAGGCUUUGGGGACGGGGUUUGUUGGGUCUCAAGGUCUUUCCAAUAGGUCUAUUGGUCAGACUGUGGAUGCUGCUACCUCCUCGUCAUCCCAACAGGAAACGGAGCAAUCUUUUGAUAUGUCUCAGACUUUUCAAGAUUGGUAUGCGGGGAAUGCUACGCUUUAUGGGCUUUUGGAGCAGGAUAUGGAUCUUGAUUGGUUUGCUGAGAGUUGA